GAGGGGGUGGGAAAUCCGCAGAACCCCCCGGCGAUUGGCCAGAGGCUGGAGGGAGCGUGGUCUUGGGAGGCGGGGCGGAGGGCCCCGAGGGGCAAAGCGCGACGUUGAGGUGGUGGCGGCGGCCUUGAACGAGUGAGAUUUUGGGGUCCCCUCCACUGGGCCGGAGGCCGGGGACCCGCGGGGACCUCCGAGAGCCCGAGGGGCGUCGGCGAGGCGCGAGCGGCGCCAUGGCCGAGCCCCUGAAGGAGGAAGACGGCGAGGACGGCUCUGGGGAGCCCCCCGGGCCAGUGAAGGCGGAGCCCGCCGGCACCGCCGCCUCCGUAGCGGCCAAGAACCUGGCCCUGCUGAAAGCGCGCUCCUUGGACGUGACCUUUGACGUGGGGGACGAGUACGAGAUCAUCGAGACCAUCGGCAACGGCGCCUACGGGGUGGUGUCCUCCGCACGCCGCCGCCUGACCGGCCAGCAGGUGGCCAUUAAGAAGAUCCCCAAUGCGUUUGAUGUGGUGACUAAUGCCAAGCGGACCCUCAGGGAGCUGAAGAUCCUGAAGCACUUCAAGCACGACAACAUCAUCGCCAUCAAGGACAUCCUGAGGCCCACCGUGCCCUAUGGCGAGUUCACCUCUGUUUACGUGGUCCUGGACCUGAUGGAGAGCGACCUGCACCAGAUCAUCCACUCUUCGCAGCCGCUCACACUGGAGCACGUGCGCUACUUCCUGUACCAGCUGCUACGGGGCCUCAAGUACAUGCACUCAGCUCAGGUCAUCCACCGUGACCUCAAGCCCUCUAACUUGUUGGUGAAUGAGAACUGUGAGCUCAAGAUCGGUGACUUCGGCAUGGCACGGGGCCUGUGCACCUCGCCUGCUGAGCAUCAGUACUUCAUGACCGAAUACGUGGCCACGCGCUGGUACCGUGCCCCGGAGCUCAUGCUGUCGCUGCAUGAGUACACGCAGGCUAUUGACCUGUGGUCCGUGGGCUGCAUCUUUGGUGAGAUGCUGGCCAGGCGCCAGCUCUUCCCAGGCAAAAACUAUGUGCACCAGCUGCAGCUGAUCAUGACGGUGUUGGGUACCCCAUCGCCAGCUGUGAUUCAGGCUGUAGGGGCUGAAAGGGUACGGGCAUAUAUCCAGAGUCUGCCGCCACGCCAGCCUGUGCCCUGGGAGACAGUGUACCCAGGGGCUGACCGCCAGGCCCUCUCACUGCUGGGGCGAAUGCUGCGUUUUGAGCCCAGUGCCCGCAUGUCAGCAGCUGCUGCCCUUCGCCACCCCUUCCUGGCCAAGUACCAUGACCCUGAUGAUGAGCCUGACUGUGCCCCACCCUUUGACUUCGCCUUUGACCGGGAAGCCCUCACCCGGGAGCGGAUUAAGGAGGCCAUUGUGGCCGAGAUUGAGGACUUCCACGCCAGGCGCGAGGGCAUCCGCCAGCAGAUACGCUUCCAGCCCUCUCUGCAGCCUGUGGCCAGUGAGCCCAGCUGCCCCGACAUUGAGAUGCCCAGUUCCUGGGCUCCCAGUGGGGACUGUGCCAUGGAGUCACCUCCACCAGCUCCACUGCCGUGCCCUUGCCCUGCACCUGACACCAUUGAUAUGACCCUGCAGCCACCCCCCGCGUUGGCCAGCGAACCAGCCCCUCCAAAGAGGGAGGGUGCCAUCUCCGACAACACCAAGGCAGCCCUCAAAGCUGCCCUGCUCAAGUCCUUGCGGAGCCGGCUCAGAGACGGGCCCAGCGCCCCCCUAGAAGCACCGGAGCCUCGGAAGCCAGUGACCGCCCAGGAGCGCCAGCGCGAGCGGGAGGAAAAGCGGCGGCGGAGGCAGGAGCGAGCAAAGGAGCGGGAAAAGCGGCGGCAGGAGCGGGAGCGCAAGGAGCGAGGGACUGGGGCCUCUGGGGGCCCCUCCACCGAUCCCCUGGCUGGGCUGGUGCUGAGUGACAAUGAUCGCAGCCUGCUGGAGCGCUGGACUCGGAUGGCCCAGCCCCCAGCCCCCACCCCUGCACCAGCCCCGGCCACAGUAACAACACCUCCGGCCCGGCCCACCAGCCCUGCUGGCUCUGUAGCCCAGCCCACGGGACCCCCACCACCUGCAGGCGCCACCCCUGGUCCUACACCACAGCCGGCCUGCCCAGCCGCUCGCCCUGCUCCCCAUCCUGCUGGCCCUCCUAGGCCUGGCCCUGGCCCUGGCCCUGGCCCUGCUCCACUCCAGACCGCCACCACCUCCAGCCUCCUGGCCCCCCAGUCGCUUGUGCCACCCCCUGGGAUGCCUGGUUCCAGCACCCUGGGUGUUCUGCCUUACUUCCCACCUGGCCCAGCCCCUCCGGACCCCAGGGGGACCCCUCAACCCUCCACCUCAGAGUCACCCGAUGUCAACCUGGUGACCCAGCAGCUGUCCAAGUCUCAGGUGGAGGACCCUCUGCCCCCCGCGUUCUCGGGCACGCCAAAGGGCAGUGGGGCCGGUUAUGGCGUUGGCUUUGACCUGGAAGAAUUCCUCAACCAGUCUUUCGAUAUGGGCGUGGCGGAUGGGCCACAGGAUGGCCAGACCGACUCGGCCUCGCUCUCAGCAUCCCUGCUGGCUGACUGGCUCGAGGGCCACGGCAUGAACCCUUCUGACAUCGAGUCUCUGCAGCGUGAGAUCCAGAUGGAUUCCCCCAUGCUGCUGGCUGACCUGCCUGACCUCCAGGAGCCCUGAGGCCCACAGCGUGUGCCUGGGUGCCAGGGGACCCAGGCCCAGGCCCGGCAGGGAAGCUUGGCUUGGGACUAUCCUGAGGCUCCGCUGAGACCCACCCCACAGCCUUAAGCAGCCGCCUGAGCCACCGAGCCACGACAGGGUCAGGAGACCCUCUCCCCGGCGAGCCUUCUCAGUAUUCUAUUUUUAUUAUGUGAUUUUAUUAGUCGUUCUCUUUGCCAUAAAAAUGAGGCCUGUGAAAUA